GGGUGGAAGAGGAGCACAUAGCUUCUUGACGGUCGACAAGAACAACGUAUCUUCCGCUGCUUAGUGAGGAGAAGCGCGUUGGUCAUGUAUUCCCGACAGCAAAUGAUGUAUGCUGUAAUCCUGACACUACUCGGGUUGUCUAACAAUGCAGUGACUGCCCAGGAAACGGGAGACAUCAUGUCACUGGAUUAUUACCGUAGUAACGGGAUUUUAAAACUAAUCAUUCAAGCUUACACGGAAGAUCUUAUCCGAGAUUUUCAACAACAAGCUACUAGUCACCUUUCUUCUCUACAAAUGGCGCUGAUGAAGGAGCGAUUAACUGGGCUUUAUGAUUAUAUUGCUGAACACCCAGCCCUUCAUCAGCACCGACUGUGGGUGGGAAAGAAAAAACCCAACUUUAUUCCAAACAGGAGUUUUCCUGGAUAUAAUGAAGAGGAGUUCGGCCAACCGGAAAAGGAAAAUUCAAUAAACCGACAGUUCAAGAGAUCCUCCACCUAUCCAUCAGAAGAAACUUGCGGCACUGAGACCACUUGGUUACAGAUUAACCUUACCACCGACGUGUACAACAAACCUGUGGAAGUCAUUCAACAGGAAGAUCUUGGCCAGUAUAUUUUCACCUUCAGGUGUUUGACUGCACAUAGUCCUUGCCGUGGGAUAUCGCCAUUGUAUGAAAGCGAGUGUAUAGAAAGACUUGGAUGGAUGUACAUGUAUUACCGGCGACGAGGUAUUCCAAAUGAAGGACCACAGUGGGGACCAGUGGCUGUCCCACAUCACUGCACGUGCAAAAUAACCCCAAAAUUCUUUCCUAAUUUUUAAAAACUCGACUAGUAGAUAGUCAGAACCAAUGGUCGUAAUAUAAGCGUGAGUGUUGUGGUGACUCAUCUCUGAUAUGUCUACUCAGAAUCCUGCUGUCUGUUUGUUUCCAAUGAUAAGCACCAGUAGACAUUGUGAGAAAUAUUUUACAGAGACAGUCAAGAAUUACGUAUAUAUAUAUGUGUGUGUGUGUGUUAUAUAAAGUAAACAUACAUUUCCCUUUCUGAUAUUCAUUUUCUAUUUUAAAUUGUUUAAUAUUUAGUGUAAAACAAUAUUAGUAGAUGGCAGCACUAAACAAUAUCUUGUUAUUGAUGAACCCUGUCAAUUUAUAAAAGGAAAAUAAAAAAUAACGGAACUCAAUAAUAUAGUAAUAAGAAAACAAUAUAAAAAUAUUCUGAGCAAUAGUUAUUAAAAAUCCUUGUAUUUCAUGCCUAUCAAGUUGUUUACGUUUAACCUGAAUUUUAAUUUGAAAAAUACAUGUUUUG